GUUCGCGAAUGACAAAUAAUACUUCCCAGGCUACAGGUACCUAUAUGGUGCGAUAUUAGCAACACGGGAGCACGCGCUAAAAAACCCCCUAAUCUCACAGUAAAAAGCAUAUACUUUGCAUUUACGUUUUCUUGCCUUUAUCUGAAAUAUAUUUUCCGGUUUCUGCCCUCCACGUUAUUUGGAUGGUUAAGUAGUCAUGGACGGGAUUCCGCAUGUGUUUUGUGUCGUUUUCCUACUGUGUUGUUGUGGAAUACCUCUACUCGAAGCCUUGCAAUGCAAGCAGUGCCCCAGCUUCAAUGAUUUUCUCAACGGGACCCUGCAAGGACCUAGCACGAAUUGCUCUGGAUCCAACGCCACCGCCGUAUGCAACGCGGAUACCCAUUUCUGCAUGAAAAUCAUUGGUAGUAUUGGAGGAUUUCCGGCCGGAAAUAAACCGAUUGACGUACUGCAAUACGGAUGCGCCAGUCCAGAUUUGUUGAGCUCUUUCACGCCUAAUGUGUAUGGUACGAUAGGCCAUGCCGGUAACUGCCAGCAGAAGUCCGAUGUGCGUCUUCCUUCGAAUCCGGCGUACGCCAAUACGAAUUUAACGUUUAGCGGCACCUACUGCUUCUGCCAUACCGGACUAUGCAACAAUAUUGCUGGCAAAACGUCGUACAAUGUCUUAAUGGUAGCCAUCGCGUUUGUGCUGGGUUAUUUUAUGCACUAUGCAAUGGAAACGGUUUAUACAGAAAUAUUUUCUUAAAUUCUCGCAAAAAAGUACUCUGUUACGGCAUAACGUGAGCUCAGCUGAAUUGACAAACUGAAGAAAAUACAGCUAA